AUGUCUGAUUUUUUGCCUGAAGAGUUGAUACAAGAGAUCCUAUACAAACUCCCCAUAAAAUCCCUCGUGCAAUGCACAAGAUUGUGCAAGUCCUGGAACUCCCUCAUAAAGAGCCGCAACUUUAUUUCCAAGCAUCUUCAUCGUACCAUUUCAUCAACUGAUCAUCAAUCUCUUUUCCUACUUCGACUCUGUUCAAAGCAGAGAGAAGAGCAGUACUCUCUCCGUUUUGAUGACCAAGAUUUCAAUGAGCACAUGCAACUUCAUUUCCCAUUCAAGAGCUGUGAAUCAUAUUAUCGUAUCAUUGGUUCUUGCAACGGCUUGAUUUGCCUGGCAAAUAUUUUCAAAACGCAUACAAUAUCCUUCAUUCUUUGGAACCCAUUGGCAAACUUCCAAUCUUCUGUUCGGUUCCAUAUAUGGGUGAUGAAGGAGUAUGGUGUGAUGGACUCAUGGACCAAAUUGAUGUUGGCUAUUGGUGCACAAGGGAAAGGUAUUCCCAGAGCAUUGGGAAUUAGGAAGGAGGACUUUUUAAUGGAAAUGAAGCGCGGCUGGAUAGUUUCAGGUGACCUGGAAAGCCAGCAACAACUAACAGAACCCACCAUAGUUGCUCUGUACCAAACCAGGCCUGCUGUCUCUCAGCUCUUGACAUCUAAUCUGCAAGUUGAAGCUAAAUACUGCUCCUUCAUAAGGGUCAAGUCUGCCUGA